AUGCAAUCACAUAAUCUAUUUUCAUUAUUGGCUGAUCGAAUUUUACUUCAUCCAAAUAGUUUUACAAUGGUUACAUAUAAUGUUCUAUUUGAAAUCGAUACACUUUCAAUUUUACAUGGACGAAUAACUAAAGAAGAUUAUUAUCGAAAAGUUAAUAAAAUCGUUGAAAGUAUGAAAGAUGAUGAUGAUAAUGAAUCUAAAACAUCAAUUUCUCCAAGAAAACUUAGUGAUUCACAAACUCCAGUCGAUGAACAAACUGCUUCAACACCCAUUAGUAAUCGUCAAGUAUUUAAAACAAAUCAAUUAUCACCAUUUACAAUAUCGGAAUUUAAAUAUUCUCCAACGUAUAUUCGUUUAUUACAUAGUGUUUUUGAUUCAAUUGAAGUUGAUGUUCGUUUAUGGAGAUCUGAUUCAACUAGAUCAAUAACUGUAGUAAUAAAUAAUCCAGAUAAUCAAAUAUUUUGUGCUAAUGUUGUACAUAUUAUAUCUCAAAUGGCAGAUGGAUUAUGUAAUGCAUAUGAUUCACUUGAAACUGUACUUGAAUUAACAUAUUUAAUGAAUAUAAAUGAAAAUGAUGAUAUAUCAACAUUAAUUGCAUCAUUUAUUAAAAAUCUUGAAUCUGUUUUACAAGAACUUGAUGUUCAACGUUUAAGUGCUAUUUUUUCUAGACAAGCAUCAAUUAUAAGUACAACACCAAAGUAUUCGACAUGGCUUGUUCGCUCCGCCUGCCCUCAUCCAACUCACUGUCGGUCGAAAUGGGGUUAUUGUGGAACGGGAUCGGCUUAUUGUGGUGAUGGUUGUCAAGCAGGCCCAUGUACGGGAACUAGUGGGAAUAAUAAUGGUGGUAUUAAUGGAGGUGGUCUCGCCUGUCCUCAUCCAACUCAAUGUCGAUCGAAAUGGGGCUACUGUGGAACAGGAUCAGAUUAUUGUGGUAACGGAUGUCAAGCAGGUCCAUGCACAGGAGCUAAUGGAAAUAAUAAUGAUAACACUCGUGACAGUGGUUCAGUUGGUGUUAUUGACAGCAGUACAUUUGCCUGUGUAUUCAACACGAUCGAUUCUGCAUUACGCACUAAUCGAUUCAAUGGACUAAAGGCAACAGGCUGGACGCCGGUGAACAAAGAUGAAGCUGCUGUCUUUCUUGCACAUGUAUUUCAUGAGACAGAUGGACUCAAGACAAUGCGAGAGUAUUGUGCUCCAGGUAUGCUUUUCUAA